UUUUGCAAGGUUGGGUGAGGUUUUUUUUCUCUCCCUUACCAACCACAUCUUUUAUUACUGCAGGAUAUGGGAAGGGAGAGGAGACACACAUAUCCAUCCGGGCUCCUGAUUCACUGACACUCCAUCACCAAGGGAUUGUGGACUGAUAGAGGGAAGAGGCAUUAAAAGAGAGGAAAAAAAAAUCUGAAGGGGAAAAUAAAUAACAGCACUUAACAGUGACUGGGAGAGGACACAACAGGACCUCUCAAGAUUUGGCAAGCUCCUUAACCAGGGUCUGGUGAGUAAGCAAGACCGCUGCUUCAGUGGCUGGGCCAUGGCCCCGACUCUGGGCGAGCUUCCUCCUUUCUUUGGCAUUCUCCUGCAGUAAAAACAAAGGUGAGAUCCCAGAAGAUUGGAGGGUAAUGAACGUUCUGCCCUUUUCAAGAAGGACUACAAAUAAAAGCUGAGAACUAUAGACCACCUAUUUGAUUAGCACACCUGAAUCUUAUCAGUGGUAUCUUACUGUCAACUGUCCAAUGACAAUACCGGACAUCUUUCCUCACAAGCUGGUAUCCAAAACUCCAGACAAACUCUGGCUAUAAAGCAUUGUGGAUCUGCCCGCACCAAAUGGACUACAGCGGUUCGACAAAGGAGCUCACCACCACCUUGUCAAGGGCAAUUAGGAAUCGGCAAUAAAUGCUGACAUAAUCUCAACGAAUAAAACGAGCUUCAACCACAUUAGGAGCACACAAUUUAUAUUUUGAGUGUAUGUUGAUCUCUGUUUUUGGAAGAACUUUUGGAGGCUUCAAAGGUUGACAUAUACCACGGUUCCAGACAUGGCCAGUACAACUGAUGGUCUCAUUGGGAUCCCAUUUCCAGACCAUAGCAAUGAACUCCUUUGUAGUUUGAAUGAACAGAGACGAGAUGGUCUUCUCUGUGAUCUUAUCCUGGUAGUAAAGGAUCAGGAAUACAAGACCCACAGGUCAAUUCUUGCAGCAUUUAGCAAGUAUUUCAAGACUCUGUUCACCACAGACACCCUUGAAGAGCAACAUAAUGUUUAUCAGAUUGAUUUUGUGACACCUGAGGCACUUUCUGCAAUUUUGGAGUUUGCUUAUACAUCAACUCUCACUAUUAGCAGCUCAAAUGUAAAGGAUGUUUUAAGUGCAGCACAGCUGCUGGAGAUCCAGUGUCUUAUCCAAGUAUGCGUCGAUAUCAUGGAAUCAAGUGAUAGGGUAAGUGUUGACAGAACAGGUCCAGGAAAACAAUCUAUCCAAAAUCCUCAAGAAGAUCUGCUCAAGGAAAAUUACACAGAAUCCCCCCAACGAGGUUUUGAUGAAUUCCCUGAACAAGAACUUAAAGAAUCCCAUGAAAAGCAUUGCAAUGGAUUCCUUGAACAUGGUCACAAAGAGAAUCCCCAGCAAGAUCUCAAGGAAUCUCCCCAACAAGAUCUUGAAGAAACCCUUCAAGAGCAUGUCAAUGAAUCAGAGGAAAAUUUCCAAGAAGGUGACCAUUGGAAUAAGGAGUAUGAUUUUCAGACCAACAAGCUUAUAGAAAAGCAAUGCACAGAGCUGCCUUGUGAAUUCUUAAGUCAAUUUACAGUUAAUGAUCCAGGUGGAUGCUUGGGACCUGUUCGUGAUUUCUCCUUAGAGUCUCUGUUAAAAGAAGGACUAUGUCCUAGAGGAGAUUUGCUUAAUGGAAGAACUAGUGUGUCUCCACUCAGACCAGGAUUCUUUCCUCCCCUCUGGAAUGGAGGUUAUAGCAGAUUUCCCCAGCUUGUACAACACCAAGAUGUGGACCAAUUACCUCUUAACCUGGUAGUAAAGAAGGAAAAGAUCAAGGAGGAGGCCAAGGAGGAUCUGCCUUCAACCACAAGUCUUUGUGACUUUUUUAAAGGUAUUAUGCUGGAAAAUAGCCAUAAUAACCUUGGAACAUUAAAGGACUUUAAUUCCUAUCUAAAUAUAUUAGGUCCAUCCUAUUUGACAGCAGUGUAUCCAACUUGGCCUUUGGAAUAUGAGAAAAAGAUGAGACCCAAGGCAUCUCAGCAGUGCCCUAUCUGCAAUAAAGUGAUCCAGGGAGCAGGGAAGUUGCCACGCCAUAUGCGAACACAUACAGGGGAGAAACCAUACAUGUGCAGUAUAUGUGAAGUUCGUUUCACAAGACAAGACAAGCUAAAGAUUCACAUGCGCAAGCAUACCGGGGAGAGACCUUACACAUGUAUUCAUUGCAAUGCCAGGUUUGUGCACAACUAUGACUUAAAGAAUCACUUACGGAUACACACAGGAAUCCGUCCAUACCAAUGUGUACAUUGCUACAAGAGUUUCACUCGUUCUGACCAUCUGCACAGACACAUCAAGAGGCAGAGUUGUCGCCUGCCAAGACCUCGUCGGGGCCGCAGACCUGCUGCCUGGCACUCUGCUAGCCUCCUCUAUGCACAGGGUGGCCCAUCUCAGAGCGCACAUUCCAAUGAAAAUAGCACCAGUAUCCCACCAAGACAAGAGGAUAGGCUUCUAAAUGCAAACAAGUUCGAUCCAGGCAACACAGGGAAGAACUUCCAUGGAAAUGUUCAAAAUUCCAAGAUCUUCUUGAAUGAAGCAGCAGUAAAGGAAAGAGAAAACCCCACACCUAGUAUGUUGAAUGGAAACCAUAUCAUAGAUGAAAGGGACAGAAGCAUCUUUGCUUUUACCCUGUCUCACAACAAUACUUUUUCUCAUCUACCCCAACAAUACUAUUCAACAAGUGAUCCAUGGGGCAUGCAAUUUAACCCUAUGCCAUCUAUUCAGGAGGCAAGUAAUUAAAGAAAUAAAAGGGUGACAAAAAUGAUAAUUAUUGACUUGCACAAAGAAAUGUCAUUCUAUAGUUUGAUGUGUACUUUCUGAAGAUGAAAAUGAAACUAAAUCCACGUUGAACUUUACGUGUUAAAUUUGUAUUAAUAGCUUUGGAUAAAUAAUUUUACAGACCAUUGAAUGAUCUUGAAGUUGAUCUAUUAUAUAAAGUAAAUGUAUUUAAACAAAACAAAAUCCAAAGAAGUUGCGUACUGUAGCCUACACAAACUUGAAAUAGUUUUCCUUUGCUGAUGUUUUGUGGGAGAAGUGUUGUAAUUAUUUUUCUACUAUAAUGUACUUCUUAUGACUCUUUUUUCUUCAGUAACUCUGACAAGUUUGCUAGGGCAUUAAAAAGGGUAACAACAUUAGCCCAGUUAUUGAAGUAAAUAUCAAGGUUUUCUCAUUGGUGUAUCAUUGGUUAAGUUACUAGAUUUGUGUCUGGUUUUAUUUAUUUAACUAAAAAUACCCACAGGUUAGUCAGAAAUUUGUAAAUGAAGGAAUUGGAUUAUUUCUGAUUAUAAAUGGCUAAUAUUUGAACAUUUUAUUGUAUUUCUAUAUGUAUUCACCUGUGCAAAUAUCUUCUCCCUAUUCCACUGUAGGGGAACUAUACUUUGUAAUUUAAAUUAAUAUUUAAUCUCAUUACUACAAUCACUAAAAUGGUGUAUUUUGAACUCGUAUUUUUCAAACUGUGGAUAAUAAGAACAAGAUUUGGCCAGUCAGCUGUUUAGCCUGGUGUAACUGUUUAAUUAAA